AUGUCCGGAAGCGCAGGUUACGACAGACAUAUUACCAUUUUCUCCGACCAGGGUCGUCUCUACCAAGUCGAAUAUGCAUUCAAGGCCAUCACCUCUGCGAACAUCACCUCCAUCGGUGUGAGGGGAAAGGACUGUGCUGUUGUGUUGUCCCAGAAGAAAGUUGCUGAUAAACUCAUCGACCCAUCCUCUGUUUCACAUGUCUUCAAGAUCUCCCCCUCCGUCGGUUGUGUCAUGACCGGUUCCAUAGCAGAUGCUCGUGCCUCUGUGGAUCGAGCUCGUGGCGAGGCAGCUGAAUUCCGUUACAAGUUCGGAUAUGAGAUGCCCUGUGACGUCCUGGCCAAGAGAUUGGCGAAUAUCAACCAAGUCUACACACAACGAGCCUACAUGCGGCCACUUGGUGUGGCGACGACCCUGGUCUCCGUCGAUGAUGAGAAUGGCCCAUUACUCUACAAGUGUGACCCGGCCGGUUAUUAUGUUGGGUACAAGGCGACAGCAUCAGGCCCUAAGCAACAGGAGGCGUUGAACUAUCUGGAGAAGAAGCUGAAGAACAAGGAUGCUGCAUCGGGUAACUGGGAAGAAGUUGUGGAGCUGGGAAUUACUGCUCUCAGCAAUGUGCUGAGUGUCGAUUUCAAGAAACAUGAGCUGGAAAUCGGUAUUGUGGGUGGUCCAAAGGCAGAUGGUGAGGGUACGACUACAGGGUUCCGUGCUCUGACCGAGGAGGAGAUCGACGAACGGUUGCAGGCCAUCGCAGAGAAGGACUAA